AUGCAGAAUUGUAAACCCUUUGUAGCUCCCAUAAUCAAAGAGGAUAAAUUUUCUAAAGAUCAGUCACCACAAAAUGCAUUGGAACAAGAGCAGAUGAAAGAUAUCCUAUAUGCAUCUACGAUAGGAAGCUUGAUGUAUGCUCAGGUCUAUACUAGACCCGACAUAUGCUUGGCCAUUGGUAUACUUGGGCGCUUCCAAAGAAAUCCUGAUGUCCUACAUUGGGUAGCUGCAAAGAAGGUUAUGCGGUAUUUGCAAGGCACCAAAAACUACAGACUAACUUUUAGGCAUACCGACAUGUUGGAUGUAGUUGGUUAUUCAGAUUCGGAUUUUGCCGGUUGCGUAGACUCUAGAAAGUCAACUUCAGGAUAUAUCCUCCUUCUUGCUGGAGGAACUAUAUCUUGGAGGAGUACUAAGCAGACCAUUAUUGCUACAUCUACUAUGGAGGCAGAAUUCAUUGCUUGUUAUGAGACAACUACACAUGCCUUAUGUUUGAAGAAUUUCAUAAGUGGUCUCAAGGUUGUCAAUUCUAUAGAGAGACCAAUCAGGAUAGACUGUGAAAACAGUGCUACAGUGUUCUUUUCAAAGAACAAUAAAAAUGGCAACCGGAGUAAACACAUCGACAUAAAGUAUCUCAGUAUGAGAGAGAACAUCAAGAGUAGUAUGGUGUCUAUUCACCACACCACUGCAGACUUGAUGAUUGCAGAUUCAAUGACAAAAGGUUAA